UUCCUCAUCUUCUGCUGAAGUCAGCUGGCUGCCUUUGGAGCUCAUCCUGAAUGUGGUUUGUUUUUAACAGUUCGGCCAGAAAGAUAGAUUGGGAGGAUGUUGGGACACAGUAUAAAAGCUUCCUCUUUGAUAAAAUCUAUGAGCAGAUUACUGUCUGCAGCAGCUAUAACGCCAGCAACAGCAAAAAUGUCUGCAGGAUGUGACUUCGCUGCACUCUACAAUGGGCAGAAGAUCCCUUUCAUAGGACUGGGAACCUGGAAAAGUGAACCUGGCCAAGUGAAAGAAGCAGUGAAAUAUGCCCUAAGCGUGGGUUAUCGCCACAUUGACUGUGCAGCAGCCUACAGCAAUGAAGCAGAGGUCGGCGAUGCUUUCCAGGAAUGCCUCGGGCCCAACAAGGUUAUUAAAAGGGAGGACGUGUUUGUAACAUCAAAGCUGUGGAAUACCAAGCACCACCCAGAAGAUGUUGAGCCAGCACUAAGAAAAACACUUGCAGAUUUGAAACUGGAUUACCUGGAUCUGUACCUCAUGCACUGGCCCCAUGCCUUUGAACGAGGGGACAAUCUCUUCCCUAAGAAUCCUGAUGGCACGAUGCGUUACGACUACACUGACUACAAGGAUACCUGGAAGGCUAUGGAGAAGCUGGUAGAAAAAGGUCUUGCGAAAGCCAUUGGGCUGUCCAACUUCAACAGUCGUCAGAUUGAUGAUGUAUUAAGCGUGGCUACUGUCAAACCAGCUGUGCUUCAGGUAGAAUGUCAUCCUUACCUAGCCCAGAAUGAGCUGAUAGCUCACUGCCAGAAACGAGGGCUGGUUGUUACUGCCUACAGUCCCCUGGGUUCUGCUGAUCGCAUGUGGAAACACCCAGAUGAGCCUGUGCUUCUGGAGGAACCUGGGAUCAAAAAACUGGCAGAAAAAUACAAGAAGUCACCUGCACAGAUCAUCCUCAGAUGGCAAACGCAGCGUAAAGUGGUGACGAUUCCCAAAAGCAUCACUCCUGCUCGCAUCCUGCAGAAUCUCCAGGUGUUUGAUUUCAGUCUCACAGAAGAGGAGAUGAGCCAUAUUGGAAGCCUGAACAAAAAAUGGCGUUACAUUGUGCCAAUGCUUACGGUGAAUGGAAAGCCAGUACCAAGAGAUGCGGGACACCCCCAUUAUCCCUUCCACGAUCCCUAUUAACUACUUGAAAAUAAGGUGCUAGAAUAACAUGCUCCUCUAUAUACUUUUCCUACACAGUAAUUAGUGCCAUAAUUUGUCCAAGAAACACUCAGCCCCAUCUAUACAAAACCUUUCUUCCCGAGUAGGCUUUCUUACAAUGUACUGCUUUUGAUUAACCUUCUUUCUGGAGAUCCUGUAGCUUCCAUGUCAGAGUUUGUGGAUUUAUUACAAUGACUGCAAGCUUGUCCUGGGGAGCAUCAAAUCUUUUGGCAUUAGAUAAAGAGUGGGAGAGUCUAAAUUGAGUUCCAAACAUCGUUACCAGGCAAGGGCAGUGCUUUGGGUCUGCCUGCUGAACGGUUUUGAAAUCUUUAUUACCAUAAGUGGGGAAAAAAAAAGGAAAAGCAUUUUCAGACUAAACAACUGCUCAGCUAUCAGCUUCAGUAUCUUCAUUAAUACUUUAUACAAGGAAUACGGUGAAAUGUGCUGCAGUUGCACUUUGUCCAUAAAACAUUGGUUAAAACCCAAGUUGCCAGCCAUACUGUGUGCUUUUUACCCUCUUUGGAAUACCUGUGGGAUUUAAAACUCUCUCCUCUUUUCUUUCUCUUUUAAUUUGUCUGUUGAUUUGAGGAGAAUAAAUGCGUGCCCUUGGAGCAGGCCUUCAGGGCAAGCAUCUCCACUGCUUGCAGCAUGGAUAGCUCUCAGACCUUCCUCUCCCAACAGCCUCAAUACUAUUAAGCCUUACAGAAAUCCAUCCUACCUUUCCCAUGAAGCUGUCCUGUGUCUCUUUACCAAAGAUAUGCAGUCUGAGUUCUGGGAGGUGGCGCGGCUCUUUCCUGCAUGUACGGUUAUAAAUGAAGAAAUAAACUGUCAGAGCAGCC